GAGGGCGGGGCGCUGAGAGAGAGAGGGGCGGGGGUGAAGGAGAGGCAACAGAGUGACACAGACGAAGGAAGCAGGUUGAGAAAACAUAUGUCUAAAAAGAGGGACUGUGAGAAAAGAGUCAAAACGAUAAGGAGAGAAAGAAAGCAGGAGUGAAAAGCAGCCCGACGGGGAGAAUGGAACGGUGAGGCCAGAGACCAGCGAGAAAAAGAAACUACAAGGGUGAAUCAGGGAAAACUCCGGUCCGGUCAUGGAAGCAGAGCUGGAAGAAGAGGACGGGAGUUUCACUAACAUCUCCCUCGCCGAUGACAGACCUUCAGGGGACAGAGGAACUGCAGUCCUGCUCACCAAACAGGACAACGAGGACUUCACCAUGAACUGUCACAUGGAUGGAGACAUGGAGAACCAGGUUGAGAUGGAGGAGAAGACUAGGCUCAUCAACCAGGUGCUGGAGCUACAACACACACUGGAAGACCUGUCAGCACGUGUGGAUGCGGUCAAAGAGGAGAACCUGAAGUUGAAGUCGGAGAACCAGGUUCUAGGCCAGUACAUCGAGAACCUCAUGUCGGCCUCCAGCGUGUUCCAAACCACCGACAACAAGAGCAAACGGAAGUAACCCACGGCGACCGAGGGGAGUUGAGACCACCUACAAUAGCCCGGUAGCAGGUCUGUUUGUGCCGACACAAACCGUAGGCAUGAUGGCACAGACAGACUGGCACUCAGGCUACCUGCAACAUCUCCUCUCCCAAAUGACAGCCGAGGAGGUAGAAGAUGUUUGUGACCACAGUUCUAGGGACGGAUAUGGGCGUGUUCCUAAUGACAGAUUAUUUCCUCAGUAGUGUACUAUGUAGUGUAUAGAAUGCCAUAAGCUCUGGUUAAAAGUAGUGUACUAUGUAGUGAAUAGGAUGCCAUGAGCUCUGGUUAAAAGUAGUGUACUAUGUAGGGAAUAGGAUGCCAUGAGCUCUGGUGAGAAGUAGUGUACUAUGUAGGGAAUAGAAUGCCAUAAGCUCUGAUUAAAAGUAGUGUACUAUGUAGGGAAUAGAAUGCCAUGAGCUCUGGUUAAAAGUAGUGUACUAUGUAGGGAAUAGAAUGCCAUGAGCUUUGGUGAGAAGUAGUGUACUAUGUAGGGAAUAGGAUGCCAUGAGCUCUGGUGAGAAGUAGUGUACUAUGUAGGGAAUAGGAUGCCAUACGCUCUGGUGAGAAGUAGUGUACUAUGUAGGGAAUAGGAUGCCAUGAGCUCUGGUGAGAAGUAGUGUACUAUGUAGGGAAUAGGAUGCCAUACGCUCUGGUGAGAAGUAGUGUACUAUGUAGGGAAUAGAAUGCCAUAAGCUCUGGUGAGAAGUAGUGUACUAUGUAGGGAAUAGAAUGCCAUACGCUCUGGUGAGAAGUAGUGUACUAUGUAGGGAAUAGGAUGCCAUGAGCUCUGGUGAGAAGUAGUGUACUAUGUAGGGAAUAGGAUGCCAUACGCUCUGGUGAGAAGUAGUGUACUAUGUAGGGAAUAGAAUGCCAUAAGCUCUGGUGAGAAGUAGUGUACUAUGUAGGGAAUAGAAUGCCAUACGCUCUGGUGAGAAGUAGUGUACUAUGUAGGGAAUAGAAUGCCAUACGCUCUGGUGAGAAGUAGUGUACUAUGUAGGGAAUAGGAUGCCAUGAGCUCUGGUGAGAAGUAGUGUACUAUGUAGGGAAUAGGAUGCCAUGAGCUCUGGUGAGAAGUAGUGUACUAUGUAGGGAAUAGGAUGCCAUAAGCUCUGGUGAGAAGUAGUGUACUAUGUAGGGAAUAGGAUGCCAUAAGCUCUGGUGAGAAGUAGUGUACUAUGUAGGGAAUAGGAUGCCAUAAGCUCUGGUGAGAAGUAGUGUACUAUGUAGGGAAUAGGAUGCCAUAAGCUCUGGUGAGAAGUAGUGUACUAUGUAGGGAAUAGGAUGCCAUAAGCUCUGGUGAGAAGUAGUGUACUAUGUAGGGAAUAGGAUGCCAUAAGCUCUGGUGAGAAGUAGUGUACUAUGUAGGGAAUAGGAUGCCAUGAGCUCUGGUGAGAAGUAGUGUACUAUGUAGGGAAUAGAAUGCCAUAAGCUCUGGUGAGAAGUAGUGUACUAUGUAGGGAAUAGAAUGCCAUACGCUCUGGUGAGAAGUAGUGUACUAUGUAGGGAAUAGGAUGCCAUGAGCUCUGGUGAGAAGUAGUGUACUAUGUAGGGAAUAGGAUGCCAUAAGCUCUGGUGAGAAGUAGUGUACUAUGUAGGGAAUAGAAUGCCAUACGCUCUGGUGAGAAGUAGUGUACUAUGUAGGGAAUAGGAUGCCAUGAGCUCUGGUGAGAAGUAGUGUACUAUGUAGGGAAUAGGAUGCCAUAAGCUCUGGUGAGAAGUAGUGUACUAUGUAGGGAAUAGAAUGCCAUAAGCUCUGGUGAGAAGUAGUGUACUAUGUAGGGAAUAGGAUGCCAUGAGCUCUGGUGAGAAGUAGUGUACUAUGUAGGGAAUAGGAUGCCAUAAGCUCUGGUGAGAAGUAGUGUACUAUGUAGGGAAUAGGAUGCCAUAAGCUCUGGUGAGAAGUAGUGUACUAUGUAGGGAAUAGGAUGCCAUAAGCUCUGGUGAGAAGUAGUGUACUAUGUAGGGAAUAGGAUGCCAUAAGCUCUGGUGAGAAGUAGUGUACUAUGUAGGGAAUAGGAUGCCAUACGCUCUGGUGAGAAGUAGUGUACUAUGUAGGGAAUAGGAUGCCAUACGCUCUGGUGAGAAGUAGUGUACUAUGUAGGGAAUAGGAUGCCAUACGCUCUGGUGAGAAGUAGUGUACUAUGUAGAGUAGUCUGAUCCUAGAUCUGUGGUUAGGGGGCAACUUCUAAUUCCAGACCCCCCAAAUCCUCCCUCCUCUCCAACUACACCCCUAAGAGUCCAGUUUACAUUCUUGUUUGACCUCUUUUUACCCCCCCCCACCCACCCACACAUGAUUUAACUGGUUUUAUAAUUCAUCUUAGAAUACUGUUUUGUGUUGUCAUGGCAACGGCAUCUCUAAUGAGUUAUGACAUCAGACCUUUUUAUUUCGAUGACUCGUUGGAUGUGAAUAUGGUCAAACUCCUGGCCCCAAAAUAUGAAUCUAACAUAUUGAAUGUGAAUAUGGUCAAACUCCUGGCCCCAAAAUAUGAAUCUAACAUAUUGAAUGACUUGUUGGAUGUGAAUAUGGUCAAACUCCUGGCCCCAAAAUAUGAAUCUAACAUAUUGAAUGACAUGUCAAUGUAAUACAAUAAUAUAAUAACGCAUCCCAUCGACUGUUCUCUCAUCUGAUUGGUCAAAAGGUUACUAGGUGUCUGUUUUUUUAAAUGUAUUGUUAAUUUCCGCCACUUAUUGAUCAACACAAACGUUAUGAAAUCUGAUUCUGUAUGACGUUUUUUUUUUUUUAAGCAGUACUACUAAGAUACUCCGAUGUGUGUUGUCGUCCCUGGUAUGCUACCCAUUCCACCAGGAAGGGGAUUCAUAUCGUCACCAUGGAGUGCUGUGUGGAGUCGGUAGGGGAAGGAAAAAGCACAGUGAACCUGUAUUCUGUUGUACAUAACAAACGAUGCCAUCUUGAACACAACCCUGGACUGGGGUCAAGUUACACGACGGGGUGAGACGGCCUCCUCUACCUAUGAUGGAGAGGGAGGACAGAAGAGACCUCUGCUUUUUACUGUUCAGAGCCUUGAGUGGUAUUGAUUAGAACACUCAGGCUGUGGAACACUCCGGAAGGUUCCGUCAGUGCAUUAACACAGAGCUGCUGAUAAGGAGUGGUAUUGAUUAGAACACUCAGGCUGUGGAACACUCCGGAAGGUUCCGUCAGUGCAUUAACACAGAGCUGCUGAUAAGGAGUGGUAUUGAUUAGAACACUCAGGCUGUGGAACACUCCGGAAGGUUCCGUCAGUGCAUUAACACAGAGCUGCUGAUAAGGAGUGGUAUUGAUUAGAACACUCAGGCUGUGGAACACUCCGGAAGGUUCCGUCAGUGCAUUAACACAGAGCUGCUGAUAAGGAGUGGUAUUGAUUAGAACACUCAGGCUGUGGAACACUCCGGAAGGUUCCGUCAGUGCAUUAACACAGAGCUGCUGAUAAGGAGUGGUAUUGAUUAGAACACUCAGGCUGUGGAACACUCCGGAAGGUUCCGUCAGUGCAUUAACACAGAGCUGCUGAUAAGGAGUGGUAUUGAUUAGAACACUCAGGCUGUGGAACACUCCGGAAGGUUCCGUCAGUGCAUUAACACAGAGCUGCUGAUAAGGAGUGGUAUUGAUUAGAACACUCAGGCUGUGGAACACUCCGGAAGGUUCCGUCAGUGCAUUAACACAGAGCUGCUGAUAAGGAGUGGUAUUGAUUAGAACACUCAGGCUGUGGAACACUCCGGAAGGUUCCGUCAGUGCAUUAACACAGAGCUGCUGAUAAGGAGUGGUAUUGAUUAGAACACUCAGGCUGUGGAACACUCCGGAAGGUUCCGUCAGUGCAUUAACACAGAGCUGCUGAUAAGAAACGUUGUUAAUCCUGCUUAUGGUAAUGGGCUGUGGAAGCAUGACUGUGCUGUCCUCGGCUGGUUAUAGUAGAGAGAAAUAAGGAACGGGUACCAGCAGGAGAUUCUAUGAGAGCCUUUUAUCAGGGAUGUGAUUAGGACAACAUGAACAGUUGGGAUUUUGGCUCGGAGAUAGCGAGGUCAGUUUCAAUUCUAUUUGAAUAGAGGACAAAAUGGUCAGAAAUGCCUAAUUAAAAUCGGGAAGGAUCGCAACACUCAAUUGUACGGAGAUCGGCGUUUUGAGCAAGAGGUUCUACCAGACAACCAUUCUAUGGUUCUAUUGGUUCCAGGUGCUAAAGGAAAAGAUUGGGGAACAUUGGGAUUCCACUGCACUUCAAUGCAUCACGUUAUUUAUUUUUAAUUUUGUAUUAUGUUGAAAAUGUUAUUAUAUUGUAUGAUCCACUGACUCUUGUUAGUCCCAAAUGGCACCAUAUUCCCUAUAUAGUGCACUACUUUGGGCCUAUAGGGCCCUGGUCAAAAGUAGUCUACCAUCUAGGGAACAGAGUGCCAUUUUGGGACAUUAAACUUAGUUUUUCCUUCAGGCAUGUUGAUAACGCACACACACAAUGAAACUAACUGCUGUUUAGAGAUUCUGUGACUGUUUCCUUUUAACAAUUUUGUUUUAAUAAAAUAAAAAAUACUUCUGA